AUACUGAACUCUUUUUGAUCUAUUGUUUGGCCCGUGAUUGUUUUAAGGUGUUUCUUCUGGUUGGAAUGAAUCCAAACAAGCUGCUAGGAGAGACUGGAGAGCUAAGGGGCCGAACGAGGCUUAGGCAUUAAUUAUUUAGCCGUAAAAGGGGAGGGAAAAGCAUGCACCGAACUGCUUAGUGGAACACAACCUCCAAAGAAAACUUGUCUCAGUCACACCAGAAUCACUCCUGAGGAACUGGGAGGUCAAACAAAUUAAGGGGAACGCAUCUAAAUCUGACUAUUCGUUUAGUCUGACCUGCAUUAGGGAGCCAAAAUGUUCGCGGUUCAUUUGUUGUCCUUUUACUUCUCAAAGCUGCAGGAGGAUCAGAUCAAGAAGGUAGACAGAUUUCUGUAUGCGAUGCGCCUAUCAGAAGACCAGCUGAAGGACAUAUCAGCUCGCUUUCGGCUUGAGAUGGAGAAGGGACUGUCAAGCGAGAGCAAUGCUGCAGCUGCCGUGAAGAUGCUCCCGACUCAUGUUUAUUCAACACCCGAUGGCUCAGAGAAGGGUGAGUUCCUGGCACUGGAUCUGGGGGGCUCAAAAUUUAAGGUACUCCAGGUGAAGGUUUCAGAAGAUGGGAAGGGAAAAGUGGAGAUGGAGAGUGAAACCUUUCCCAUCCCUGAAGAGAUUGCCAAUGGCAGAGGAACAGAGCUUUUUGAGCAUGUGGCAGAAUCUUUGAAGGCCUUUCUACAGAAACACCACAUUAAUCACACAAGAAAACCUCUCGGCUUCACUUUCUCCUUCCCAUGUGCACAGUCCAAAAUAGAUGAGGGUGUCCUGCUGUCAUGGUCGAAGAAUUUCAAGGUUAGAGGUGUUCAAGGGACCAAUGUGGUGCAGUCAUUGCGGAAGGCUAUUCGUAAAGUUGGGGAUGUUGAUGUGGAUGUCCUGGCGAUGGUCAAUGACACAGUGGGGGCCAUGAUGACCUGUGGAUACGAUGAUCAGAACUGUGAAGUAGGGGUUAUUGUAGGUACUGGCACUAAUGCGUGUUACAUGGAGGAAAUGAGGCACAUUGACAUGGUGGAGGGAGAUGAAGGAAGAAUGUGUAUCAAUACUGAAUGGGGGGCAUUUGGAGAUGAUGGUGUUCUUGAUGAUUUCAUUACAAGCUUUGACCGUGAAAUUGACGCCGCCUCUAUUAAUCCAGGAAAACAGCUUUUUGAAAAGAUGGUGAGUGGGAUGUACAUGGGAGAGCUUGUGAGACUCAUCCUUCUAAGGAUGGCCAAGAAGGGUCUACUCUUUCGUGGGCAAAUCUCUGAUGCUCUCCGAACCAAGGGAACUUUUCAGACCAACCAUAUCUGCUUGAUUGAACAGUAUAAAAACGGUUUGGAAAACACCAAAGAGAUCCUGGAGGACCUAGGACUAAAUCCCAGUGACGAUGACUGUAUUGCUGUCCAGCAUGUCUGCACCAUCGUGUCCUUCAGGUCAGCUAAUCUAGUGGCUGCCGCUUUGGCUGCCAUCCUGACACGGAUCAGAGAAAACAAAAAGCUGAAGACCCUUCGGACUACUGUAGGAGUGGACGGGACUGUCUACAGAACACAUCCACAGUAUCCCAAGAGGCUCCACAAGGUGGUCCGCCAUCUGGUGCCAGACUGCCAUGUGCGUUUUGUGCUGUCUGAAAGUGGCAGUGCCAAAGGUGCAGCUAUGGUGACCGCCGUGGCUCAGCGAUUAGCUUCCCAGCGGAAAGAGAUUGAUGAUACCCUUGCAGCUUUUGCUUUGACUUCCACACAGCUCCAUGAAGUGAAGCAGAAGAUGCAUGUGGAGUUGGAACGAGGACUGAAGAAAGAAACCCAUCCCACUGCUUCAGUCAAAAUGCUGCCGACAUAUGUUUACAGGACUCCAGAUGGCACAGAAAGAGGAAAGUACCUUGCCUUGGAUCUCGGUGGAACCAAUUUCCGCGUAUUGGUGGUUAAGAUUCGUACAGGCAUGCGAAAUUCAGUCCGGAUGUACAACAAAAUUUAUGCCAUCCCACUGGAGAUCAUGCAGGGAACAGGAGAGGAGUUGUUUGACCACAUCGUUCAGUGUAUCUCAGAUUUCUUGGACUACAUGGGAAUGAAGAACACUCGUCUGCCACUUGGCUUCACCUUCUCUUUCCCAUGCAAUCAGACAGGUAUUGAUAAGGGAGAUCUGGUCUGCUGGACAAAAGGCUUCAAAGCGACAGACUGUGAAGGGUAUGAUGUUGUGGACAUGCUGAGAGAGGCCAUCAAAAGACGAAAUGAGUUUGACCUCGAUAUUGUAGCUAUAGUCAAUGACACAGUUGGCACAAUGAUGACCUGUGCCUAUGAGGAUCCUAAAUGUCAGAUUGGUCUUAUUGCUGGAACGGGAAGCAAUGUGUGUUACAUGGAGGAGAUGAAGAACAUUGAGAUUGUUGAGGGUGAUGAAGGCCAGAUGUGUGUAAACACUGAGUGGGGAGGAUUUGGAGAAAAUGAUAAUAUUGAGGACAUCCGGACCAGAUAUGACAGAGAGGUGGACAGCGGCUCACUCAAUGCUGGGAAACAAAGGUUUGAAAAGAUGACCAGUGGCAUGUAUUUGGGAGAGAUUGUAAGGCAGAUCCUCAUCGAUCUCACAAAGCGUGGCUUCCUGUUUCGCGGUCGCAUCACAGAGAGACUGAAGACCAAAGGAAUCUUUGAAACCAAGUUUCUCUCACAGAUUGAGAGUGACCGUUUGGCACUAUUGCAAGUGAGGUGCAUAUUGCAGAGUCUGGGUCUGGACAGCACAUGCGACGACAGUAUUAUUGUGAAGGAGGUUUGUGGAGCUGUUUCUCGUCGAGCAGCUCAGCUCUGUGGUGCAGGAAUGGCUGCGAUUGUGGAUAAAAUAAGAGAGAACCGUGGACUGGAUCAUCUGGACAUCACUGUUGGAGUGGAUGGAACCCUGUAUAAGCUCCAUCCGCACUUCUCCACGAUCUUAAAGGACACCGUCAGAGAGCUGGCGCCCAAUUGUAAAGUGGAUUUCAUCCUUUCAGAGGAUGGCAGUGGCAAAGGAGCGGCGCUGAUCACGGCUGUGGCUCGACAGCAUCACAUACAGAAACAAGAACAGAACUAGGCUGACUCCUAGAAGAGUGCUUUUGUUCAUUUGAAAAGAAUAGUUCACCCAAAAAACAAAAAUCUGCUGUUAAUUUACUCAAAUUCAGGCCGCCUAAGAGGUAUAUUUUUAGCUAAAGCUGUAGUUCAGAUAUUCAGUUCAUUCCAAACAGGAUAUAUUGCACUCUGAAGGGCACUUCAUUGUGAAGAAAUCAUGGCCACCAUAUUGAAGUGUCAUUCCAAUCCAAAGUGUUCAAAACUGGCUACUUUGAAGGUCCCUUGAAGUGAAGGAUUUUUGACAAAUACAACUGAUUGACACUUCAAGCCAUCAUCUUUUGAAUAGAGAAGUUGUUUUGUGUCACACACUGUUCAUCCCUAUACUCUGAUACCUUCAAAGGGACCCAGCAAAGGAAUUAGGGCAUAGGGAAGAACCCUUCCGAAUGGAAACCAGUGUUUGAGUAAAAAAACAUGUACUAGAAAAAGUAAUACCUUUGGUUCCUUGCAGUACAUUGAGUUCUUAUACACUAGGCAUUACUUACAACAUUAAUUACCUUACAGUCAAAACAAACACAUUAGCAUCAGUAAAUUAAUUGCAAAUUUUUAUUUUUGGGUGAAUAAUCCAUUUUAGACAGGGUUUCUAUGAAGUAAUUAUACAGACUUAUUGAAAGACGACUAUCAUGAAAUCAUUCUUACUUUGCUGCUUCCAUUAUCUAUUUUUUAUAUAAAAAUAAGUCCUUCAGGUGACAUGGAAAGUGGAUGGAAACGUGUUCAUUUCUUACUUUUAUUAGUGUUUUUUGUAAUGUGUUAAUUAGUGCAAUAAAGAUUGUUUCGAGUUCCAGCAUG